UGCCUCCUGGGAAAUGUAGUUUUCCUCCGACCCUAGCUCCUGCGUAGCUGUCGGCCCUGGGAAAUUCUCCUGCUCCAAACCCCGAGAUGCUCGCGGGCGUCGACGCCUUGCAUCUUGGGAAUGGUAGUUCUUGAGACUCUGAAGGAGAAUGGUGCUGGGCGGGAGCGGGACGCCUAGAGAACUACAAGCAGGAGGCGGGGUCCAAAGCGAGGGAUCUACGCGGCUAGCAGUGGCGAAGGCGGCUGUAGCGGCAGCAUGAAGCGGACCCCGACCGCCGAGGAACGAGAGCGCGAAGCUAAGAAGCUGAGGCUUCUCGAGGAGCUGGAAGAUACCUGGCUUCCUUAUCUGACCCCCAAGGAUGAUGAAUUCUACCAGCAGUGGCAGCUGAAAUACCCUAAACUAAUUCUCCGCGAAGCCGGCAGUGUGCCGGAGGAGCUCCAUAAAGAAGUCCAAGAAGCCUUCCUCACCCUGCACAAGCAUGGCUGCUUCUUUCGGGACCUGGUUAGGAUCCAAGGCAAAGAUCUGCUCACUCCGGUCUCUCGCAUCCUCAUCGGAAACCCAGGCUGCACUUAUAAGUACCUGAACACCAGGCUCUUCACGGUACCCUGGCCAGUGAAGGGUGCCACUACCAGGUACGAGGAGGCUGAAAUCGCGGCUGCCUGUCAGACCUUCCUCAGGCUCAAUGACUACCUGCAGAUAGAGACCAUCCAGGCUUUGGAAGAACUCGCUUGCAAAGAGAAGUCGAAUAUCGAUGCCGUGCCCGUGUGCAUAGGGCCAGAUUUCCCCCGGAUCGGGAUGGGGUCCUUCGAUGGCCAGGAUGAGGUGGACAUGAAGAACCGAGCCGCGUACAACGUCACUUUGCUGAAUUUCAUGGAUCCCCAGAAGAUGCCGUACCUGAAGGAGGAGCCUUAUUUCGGCAUGGGGAAGAUGGCCGUGAGCUGGCAUCAUGACGAGAAUCUCGUGGAGCGGUCAGCGGUGGCCGUGUACAGUUACAGCUGUGAAGGCCCUGAAGAAGAGAGUGAAGAUGAUCCCCAACUCGAAGGCAGAGACCCCGAUACUUGGCAUGUCGGUUUCAAGAUCUCCUGGGACAUAGAAACACCUGGUCUGGCGAUACCCCUUCACCAAGGAGACUGCUAUUUUAUGCUUGAUGAUCUCAAUGCCACCCACCAACACUGCGUUUUGGCUGGUUUACCACCUCGGUUUAGUUCCACCCACCGAGUGGCAGAGUGUUCCACCGGAACCUUGGAUUACAUCUUACAGCGCUGCCACGUCGCGCUACAGAACGUCCGGGAGGAGGCAGGCAGUGGUGCUAUUUCCUUGAAAUGCUUCGAGCCUGCCGUUCUGAAACAAGGAGAGGAAAUCCACAAUGAGGUUGAGUUCGAGUGGCUGAGACAGUUUUGGUUCCAAGGCAGUCGAUACAGAAAAUGCACUGAUUGGUGGUGUCAACCCAUGGCCCAGCUGGAAGAACUGUGGAAGAAGAUGGAAGGAGUGACAAAUGCUGUACUCUGCGAAGUGAGGAGAGAGGGGGUCCCCAUGGAACAGAGGAAUGACAUCUUAGCCUCCAUCCUUGCCUCGCUCACCACACGUCAGAAUCUGAGGAGGGAGUGGCAUGCCAGGUGCCAGUCCCGAAUUGCCCGAACUUUACCUGCGGAUCAGAAGCCAGAAUGUCGGCCAUAUUGGGAAAAGGAUGACCCUUUGAUGCCUCUGCCAUUUGAUCUCACAGACGUCGUUUCAGAACUCAGAAGUCUGCUUCUGGAAGCAAAACCCUAGAAGGAAGACAGGUCUUAGGUGGAGGAGGAAAAGAUUUUUGACUUCCUUCCUCCAACCAUGUCAUGGGCUUGGACAAAGGCGAUAUGGGUAGACUUGGCCUUUAGAUCGUAGAACCUAGGUCCCAGUUGGAAAGAGUAGGGAAUGGAGCCCAUGAAUAUUAAAAUGUUUAAAAAUGACACAAGUGUUAUAAUCUGAGUUGGUAUGAAACAGAAACCCAGCCCCGAAAUACUGUUCCCCACUUGGAUUUCUAAGGGGAGCCAUUUGUCUCCCAAGGGCCAAGGUGACAGAUGUGAGCCCAGCCUGUGACAGAGCCCAACCUACUUUCCACCUUCCCAAGCCUUUUCAGAGACUCUAGACUCUAAAGUCAUCUGGGGGAAGACAGAACCUAGAUCCCUUCCCCCCAGUUUCUCAUGCCGCCCUCCGGAGGCUGUGUCAUCCACUAGGGUAACCGCUAGCUGGGUGUGGCUUCUUAUAGUCCGUUUCAGUCAUAAUUGAAAAUUCAGUUCCCCAGCUGCACUAGCCACAUGGCAAGUGCUUAAUAGCCGCAUGUGACUGGUGACUAGUGUAUUGGGCAGCACAGAUGCAGGACAUUUUCAUCCUUGUAGAAACUUCCAUCAGAUCACACUUCUAUAAAAAGUUUGAGAGCAGAAGAGUCUCUUCUCCAUUGUCUAUAGUCUCUGCCCCCAUGGGCAGAACGAGUCAUUAAAGAAUAGCCACUUACCCUUCUGUGAGACAGACCUACAUAAAAGCCCGAGUUUUGUGUUCUGUAUCUGCCCCCAGGAAUGAAGAGGUGUCGAAAAUUAAAAGAGACUUGACAUCUGUCAUGAGGACGUUCCCCUGAUCUAAUGAAAGAGACACAGCCCUAUUUGGAUUGCUUCAUGGAUUUAGCCUGCACAUGCAUUUUUCUAGAAUUGCCCCCAUUCAUAUGUAAGGACAGGUCGUGUGUUGAGGCCUGAGGAGCCCCAGGGCCCCUCCUGAUGGCGAUGGGUCGUAGAGACUAAAACCUGGGCUCUGGUGUUAGAGUACCUGGAUUGAAACAUGCAUCAGCUUUGUGACCUUUGGCAUGUCACCAUGCCUCAGUUUCCUCAUCCGUGUGAUGGAGAUGCUAAAGGCAGCAACUCAUGAGGUGAAGAUCAAGUGGAAUAACCUAGCUACAGGCAUAGAACGAAUUCUGACAGGUAGUUAGAUGCCCAGUAAAUGUUAGUAUUAUUAUGCGUCAGUUAAGCUGGCCUGAUGUAGAUGUUGUCCCUUCUUCCCAUGCCCUUUGUACCAGUUUUGUCCCUUUUUGGCCUGGCUCCUGCCCUUUGGUGACCCCGGAAAUCACAAGAGUAGUUAGCCCCUCUCCCCAGCCCAUUGCCUUUUCUCAUAGUGGUUUACAGAAGUAGUUUGGAAGCCGAAAAUCUGUGUGGCCCAUUGAGAGGCACACGGAGAACCAAACUCCAUCCUGCCCUUAGAUUCCCCUUGGUUCAAGGUAGCGUUCACGUCCAUGGACUUGACCCCUGAAGGCUGCGUUACCCAAAGAAGCCGGGGUUUCGUCAUCCGGAGACUCUGUUCUCUCGGUCCUGAGUCUCCUCAUCAGCAGACGGUGAGGUGCCACCUCACCGGGCGGUUGUAGAGGUUAAAUGAAAUCACGGAAGCAAGGAGCGUGUGGCACACAGAUGUCACAGCCCGGGCACCGAGGCCACGGGGCCUCCUGUUUUAUUUAGUCCCAGUGCUUGUUCUGUGUUAAAGUUCAUUAGGUGCCAGUGUUUAAAACUUGGGAGAUUUCAUAUAACAUAAAAGUGAGUGUAUUCUCCGUAGACUUCCGAACAUCUGGCCAUCCUAGACCUCCGUCCUGGCAUGGCAACGAGCUAAGUAGUGUCUUCUUGCUCUUAGGCGGGGUGGGAGCCUUCCAUGGCCCCUGUUGCUCCCUCUUAUCAUUUAUCUUAAACCUGACCCCUUCCUGUCGGCACUCUCCAAAUCUGCUUGCUUGCACCCCUGCCGUAGAAAGAGAUAAUCAUGUUUAGUGCUUCACCCCCAAUAUGUGUGAUUACUAUUGAGCUAUAUUUGUGAACUACUUGUAGUAAUAUGUCUUGUACAUCAUAAAACAUUCGUAAACAAUAAAGCUAUUAAAAAGAGACGAUAAGAACC